AUGGACCUUGUCCGCUGUGGCAAGGAGUCUGGGUCUAGCCCAAUUUCUGACGUCACGCAAGGCAGUCGGCAUUUAGCUUUGAUCGAUUUGGAUUGUUGUUUUGCUGUUUCAGUCGGUGAUUCUAUUUUAUAUUUGCUCAAAAAUACUAUGUCUGACCAUGAAACUGAUUCGGAGGAGAGUUAUCAAACUGAUGACUCCGAUAUAAACUUUAUUCCGGGGUACAUAAUGGAUGCCCUGACCUUGGAAGUUCGGAUGAUGGCUCGAGCGUUGAAGAGGACAACGCGGGCCUAGCAUAUGCCGAUGAACCUUUGGCUGACGACGAGUGGCUACAAAACUACAACAGGCAAGAAAGAGAACGGCUAGAACUACAAGAAAAGCUAGGGAGAAGACUGGAUGGUUCUGUUGAAGUGAGCGAGUGGUAAGUACUUGGUAAACAUCGAUAAAAUUCGUGUUUGUUUCGGAUUAUUAAUAUCGAAUAUAUGUGUGGAAAUUUUUUGAUUUCUAUCUAUAAACUUCGAAUGUUUUUCUCCUUUUUUAUCACAGGUGCAAUUGUGGGAAUUGUGACAUAACCUUACUAACAAAUAAUAGUGAAUGUCAUUGUUGUUUUGAACUGGAAGGAUGCGAGGAAGCUAUGAAUCGCGAAGAAGUUAUACAGGAUCUCAAAGCCGAAGGCGUGCAAAAUGCGAAGUGUGUAACACAACACCCAGGAUUCAACCCUGUAUGCCUUCAAAAGUGGAGUUUGAAGAUGGCUGCUGACAGAUAUAAAACCAAAGAUAAAAGCAAAUACAGUCAAACGUCAACAGAGAAUAGGUUAGACAAUUUAUUCAAUUAUGUUAUUAAAAUUUUUCUUUGUUGCCAAAGUUUUACCUCUUGACUUGUUUAUUUAUGCACCUAUCAAUGUUUUCCCCCGGGGGGGGGUGCGGGCAACCCAGGGCAUCCCCGCUUUUGGGCAAGAAACGGCCGUCAAAAUUCCCCACUAUAUUUCCAAGAUAACAAGGCACAUAUAUGUUUUCCAAUGCAAACAUACAGGCCUAUACUGGUUUAAACUUGGUAAAAAUUGAGACACUGUGUAUAAAAGGCUAUAAAAUACCUUUUUCGAUGAAACUUGAUUGUGCUUCUCCGCCAUACUUGUUACCAGGCCUUUCAAUGUCAAAACUGUGCAAACUUUCAAGAUGGCAGAUGGCAGAAAUUUCCCAACUCUGGGAGUUGAUGCAUAGGUCAAAUUCCCCUCACUAGGGCUUCAUAGUGUCGUCAAAGUCCCCUAGGUCGCCUGCACCCCCCCCCCCAGGGGGAAAACAGUGAUAGGUGCAUUAGAAUUAGCCUCUCAAUACAUUACUAUAUAUCAGAGGUGUGCAAAUCUGAAUCCGAUCCGUUCGUAUUUCGGAACCAAAAUAUUCAUUUCGGAUCGAUAAAAUUGUUUCGUAGUCGGGAUCGGACUUCGAAAUCCGAAAUAAAAUGAAUUAAUUAUCUAAUGCAUUAUUCGUUUGAUACUUUAAUUGGACGUCACUUUGUCAGCUUCUUGACAUGUAUUUCUUGCUUUUAUAUUUAUUUGGUUAAAUAUUUCAACUUGAAUGAGAAAUUUAUUUUAUUAAAGAAUUCUUCGGAUUGGAUCGAAACUCGGAUCGGAUUUGGAUUAGACAAUUUCGGAUCGGAUCAGAUUUUAAACAUAGGCAAUUGUCGGAUUAUAACCGUCCAAUCCGAUCCGAUGCACACCUCUACUAUAUGUAUAGGUAGAUAAUGAUUUGCUAAAUACAAAGAUAGAAAAUAUCAAUUUAUACUUUUGUAAAUGCAGGCAACUUCUUAGCCUGGUUCACAUGGUAACAAAUCAUGAACUGCCAUUUAUUUUGUUUUAGCUUUCUACGCAGUAUCUCAUAUAGAGAGUUCACAAGACUAAUAUAUGGACUUCUUGGCAACAGAAGAAUCCCACUACCUGCAUGUGCCUACAUUGCAAUAAGAAAUACAUUUCCCAUCAUGGAAAAGGAAGGACAGUUUACUGGAUAUUCUGAUGACUCAGACUAGGUUCUUUAUUCUGCAGGGGUUAGUGGGAAUGAACAGCUAUAGCUUUGAAAUAUUUGGUAUAUAUAAAGUAUAAUGAAUAAAAUAUGACAUACUGAACAUUUGCCAUUUUUUAUGAACUGUGUGCAAUGAUCAUGGUGUUAUCAAGGUAUCGUUAUAUUCUUUUAUUAAGUGGCAGCUCUUAAAAGAGCUUUUUUGUUUUGCUUGAAGCAAGCUUUUCUUUCAUGAUACCUACAAUCCUGGACAAAACCAUCUGCGACACUCUAUUAAAACAUUCCUUUGUGGCUUUUUUUACCAGUUAGACCGGAAUAAUUUACUCGUUUGCCCCCCUCCGCCCCCCAAAACAAUGUUGAACGUUUUAUCCGUAUUCUACGAAUCCAAUCAACAUUGAAUGGUGGGGGAAAGGGGGAGGUUUUCUAAAUUUACGAUAUUUUGUCCAGUAUAAUUGGAAGUGUCGCAGAUGUUUUGUCCAGGAUUGUCUGAAACGAGUUGAAAUUACAUUCUUUUAUAUUUCGCUUGUUAUACAUGUCCUUGCCAUGUAUUUUGUUUAUGCGCAUUGCUCAUGACCUACUUAUAUUCAUAAUUACAUCAAGUACCUUAUUUCAUUAAUUAAAUACGUCAUGAAUACCUUAGUGUUUUGGAGUGGGUAAUAAUGUGUGGUAGAAUAUACAAUACAGUAUAUUAUUUAUAAUUUUAGCAAUUAAAAGCAACGAAAUGUUGCGGAAAUAAUUGAGAAAGUAAAACUAUCGCGUUCUAGUCGAUUCGUUGCAAUAAUUCAGAAAUUAAGAAAUAUAUACGAGUCAUAUUUGUUAACUGUAUAUAUAUAUAAGACCUGCAAGACACAAUAGACAACCUAUAGUCGACCAUAUGAGAAGGUGCCUAGACGGACAUGCAAACGAUCAGUGAAUGAGAUGCAAUGUACGACACAAAAAAUAUAUUUCCAUGAGAGUUCGUGUAACUUAUAUAUUGAUAGGUUAUACAUUCAGUCUAUACGUACAUAGACGAAUGCGUGUGGUAUCCAGUAGAACUAAAGGACAAUAAAUUCAAUAUAGUUACCGCGUUUCUGGUAUUUACCGCGUUUCUGGUAUUUACUGCAUAUAUUUAGAAUAUUAAGCGACAACUAUAUAAUUGUGAAUUAUGCAUUUUGACACAGAGUUUUCCUGGUGUGGUAAAUCAAUGCUCAUAUUUUCCCAAUGUCAUACCUAACGGUGCACCACUGACCAAUACGCUAAGACUGUGAUAAUAUCCUCAGUUAUGGGAUAUAAUACAAACCAAUGACAUGGACUUGAAAGAACGUGUGUUGCUUAGUAUUCCAACCUACUUCGGACAAUAUAUAGCGCGAUAAUUUUAAAAUACUCCACGGUGUACCAUUUUCACCCUACAAAAGGUUAUAUAUAUAUAUAUUCUUAUAUGUUCACGCUGUACCAUGGUACACCGUCAAUGCGCAUGCGCCAUUAUACGACAAUAACAAAAUCAGAUUAGUCAUUUAGUGCGGCGGUCACGCAAUAUAUUUCCACUCAACAGCGAAGCGUUAGUCUGUCUAACAACACAAAUAAGUAUGGAUAAAUGCAUUUUAGAAUAUUCUUAGUGCAAAAUAGUUGGUGUAUACACUAUGAGGUACAUUGACUUGCUCUCCGACGUAUAUUAAAUGCGCGAAAGUAGUCGCAUAUGAUUCUUAAUCGCAUUCUAUACAAGCUAUCGAAGCAUAGCGUUGCAUGAGGGUAUUAUAUUACCUUGUUGACCAUGUGGUAUUUGCUUCUUGAAGCCUAAUGCAUUAUAGUGAGCCAUAGUUACUACGGGAAGAGAAAGUCCUGCAUAAAACACAAUUUUUAAUGCGCAAUGCCUUGGUUAUUGAAUUUGAAAGAUACGGACAAUCCUGGACAAAACCAUCUGCGACACUCUAUUAAAACAUUCCUUUGUGGCUUUUUUUACCAGUUAGACCGUAAUAAUUUACUCGUUUGCCCCCCUCCGCCCCCCAAAACAAUGUUGAACGUUUUAUCCGUAUUCUACGAAUCCAAUCAACAUUGAAUGGUGGGGGAAAGGGGGAGGUUUUCUAAAUUUACGAUAACAUUACGAUAUUUUGUCAAGUAUAAUUGGAAGUGUCGCAGAUGUUUUGUCCAGGAUUGUAGGUCUUCAGUCAGAUCCUAGAUCUUCAGUCAGAUUCUAGGUCUUCAGUCAGAUUCUAGGUCUUCAGUCAGAUUCUAGAUCUUCAGUCAGAUCCUAGGUCUUCAGUCAGAUCCUAGGUCUUCGGUCAGAUUCUAGGUCUUCAGUCAGAUUCUAGGUCUUCAGUCAGAUUCUAGGUCUUCAGUCAGAUUCUAGGUCUUCAGUCAGAUUCUAGGUCUUCAGUCAGAUCCUAGGUCUUCAGUCAGAUCCUAGGUCUUCAGUCAGAUCCUAGGUCUUCAGUCAGAUCCUAGGUCUUCAGUCAGAUCCUAGGUCUUCAGUCAGAUUCUAGGUCUUCAGUCAGAUCCUAGGUCCUCAGUCAGAUUCUAGGUCUUCAGUCAGAUUCUAGGUCUUCAGUCAGAUUCUAGGAGUGUGGAUUGAAUAGUAUUCUUUGAUAUAAUUUUGUAGUUCGGAAUGUGUUCAUUUGAUCGGAGAUUCUCUGGUGAAUCAUGGCUCCAAAGAUUUAUGGUUGUUAAAAUACAUGAAGAAGUUAAUGGCUUGUAGAGAUGAGUUCAUUGAGCAAAAUAAGGUUAGCAGGUUGUCUGUAUAUAUUUUUAUUUGAACUGGGUGAGUAAGUACGUGAAGGUCUACUUAUAAUCAUUACUUGCAGCUGAGAUAUAAGAUGAAGGAUUAUUUCACUUUUUCAGGAUGAUCAAAAUUUUUCCUGCAACUCUUUGGUCUCUUCGUCCGCGAGGGUAAAACUCGAGGUACUUCCUGUUGUUGUUGAUACAAAUGAUUAUCCUCUAUUUGAUUAAGCAUCGCGUACCAGGAACAAGAAAAUUACAGAAGACAAAAUCAUACACAAUUCUAUUUAUUUACCACCAAAAAACACGUCUAUUACCUAGGCCAAAAAAAAUAUGUGGUUUCCUAUUUCUUCUUGUAAAAACUUAGUUAGGGUAGGUCGGAUUUAACUUUUAUUUUGAACUUUUUUUAAAUUUUCCUAACAACCGGACGCCAUUUUGUUUAGUCAGUGCUUCCACAUUCAAAGAUAAAUUUCCCUAAUAUUGCCUCAAAUUUCCAUUUUUCACAAACAUUUUCCUCUAAGUGGAAACACAUGAUCCAAUAAAAAAGUUUAGGGUCGGGAUUUCGGCGUCCAAAAGCUAGGUAGGGUCGGGAAACCGGAAACCCACAUAUUUUUUUGGCCCUAUAAUAAAAAGGACCAUUAUUAUGUGGGGUGAUUAGGUUGACCAGCAUCUGCUGCACGAUAGUGCUUAGUGAAACCUAGCUACAACUAUAUCCAUAUCCACUCUAAAUCUUCCCCCUUUUAUUUCUAGGAAGUAUUUUUACAGUAUUUAUGGAAUCCUGAUGCGGACGCCAUAUUGACCGCGCUCUCAUCUUUAAAGUUUCUGUGCACUGAGAUCAAUAUUAUCUCGCAUCAUAGCAUGGAUAACAUCGCACAAUUGAAUCUCAUGACCUCAAUAUUUGCUGUCUAUGAGGAGCUCGCUAAUCUUGCUAAUGGAAUUUCUACAGGUAGAAGUGUAACAUUUUUAGACUCUGUAAAUGUCAAAAUGUGCUUUAAAAUUCUCCUGAGCCAAAACUUUCUGCAUCAAUAUGCGUUUUGAACAUUUCUAAGUCGGUCUAUGACGAAAAAAUGUUUUCGAUCAGCUCGAAGUUUUCUAAGUCAAACUUUGGUCGAAAUUUUCUAAGACAAGCUCAGCUUUAGUUGACUCAAGAAUCCGGAUAACGGGUAAGCGUAGUGGAAUCUAUAACAAAAUACGGAUAAGGAUAAUUUGCAUACGGCUUGUACUCAUGCAUGUCAAAAUACCCAAAAUAAGGUAUCCUCAUAAGCACGCUUAUAUAUGAUAUACGAGCGUGCUUAUGAGACACCAGAAUAUGGCAUUCUCAUAAGCACGCCAAAAUGGACGUGCUUAGAGAUACCAAAAUAAGGUAUCCUCAUAAGCACGCUUAUAUAUGCAUAUACGAGCGUGCUUAUGAGACACCAGAAUAUGGCAUUCUCAUAAGCACGCCAAAAUGGACGUGCUUAUGAGAUACCAAAAUAAGGUAUCCUCAUAAGCACGCUUAUAUAUGAUAUACGAGCGUGCUUUUGAGACACCAGAAUAUGGCAUUCUCAUAAGCAAGCCAAAAUGGACGUCCUUAUGAGAUACCAAAAUAAGGUAUCCUUAUAAGCACGCUUAUAUAUGCAUAUACGAGCGUGCUUAUGAGACACCAGAAUAUAGCAUUCUCAUAAGCACUCCAAAAUGGACGUGCUUAUAAGAUACCAAAAUAAGUAUCCUCAUCAGCACGCUUAUAUAUGAUAUACGAACGUGCUUAUUAGACACCAGAAUAUGGCAUUCUCAUAAGCACGCCAAAAUGGACGUGCUUAUAAGACACCAAAGUAAGGUAUCCUCAUAAGCACGCUUAUAUAUGAUAUACGAACGUGCUUAUAAGACACCAGAAUAUGGCAUUCUCAUAAGCACGCCAAAAUGGAUGUGCUUAGGAGACACCAUAAUAAGGUAUCCUUAUAAGCACGCUUAUAUAUGAUAUACGAGCGUGCUUAUGAGACACCAGAAUAUGGCAUUCUCAUAAGCACGCCAAAAUGGACGUGCUUAGAGAUACCAAAAUAAGGUAUCCUCAUAAGCACGCUUAUAUAUGCAUAUACGAGCGUGCUUAUGAGACACCAGAAUAUGCAUGGCAUUCUCAUAAGCACUCCAAAAUGGACGUGCUUAGAGAUACCAAAAUAAUGUAUCCUCAUAAGCACGCUUAUAGUGCAUACUGGGUAAGCUCUAUCAUACCAAAACGUAAGGUAAAAUGUUUCGUAUUUUAUGUUAAGGUCGCCUUGCUCUUCAAAAACGAAUCAUGGCAAUUCUACGGAAUGUUAAAGUUCAAACAUCUGGCAAUAAACAGGCGUGGGACAGUACGUAUUCUCGCUGGAGGAAACUCACGCAUGCUCUUAUUAACUUUCCUAAAGAAGAAAUCCCAGGAGAACCUGCUCAAUCUUCGAAGAGUAUCCGAAGACGGACUACGAGAUUUAGUCAAUCUGGAAAGAUCUCUGCAGAAAGCAUUGAAGUAAGUGAACGCAUCCUGGUGUUAUCUCAUACAGGUUACUUUUUGCCAAAUUGGGUCACCAAUACAUACACAACGGUGUGCUCCAGAACUUUAUUUAUUAUAGCUAUACAAACUUUAUUGGUUAUAUAGAUUAUAUAUCACACUUCAGACUUCAAUCUUGAUCUGACUUCGUCGUUGAUGUUUAUACUUUUCAAGAGCGUAACCUGAACUCUCUAACAUCAACUCUCUAUACCAUCUCUGAACUCUUGAAAGCUUCGGCUCCUCUGGUUGCCGUUCACUAUCUUUUUUUUAAAGUACUCAUUAAAAUUUUAUAAUUUUCUUCUACUUUUGUAAUAUUACGUACUUGAGAAAAAUCCUGUAAAUAGUGAAAUAAAUUGAAUUGAAUUGUUCUCUAACACAGUCUAUAUCUGCACUAUUAUAUAUUAACCAGUGUCGUAACGGGGGAAGAAGGGGCCCGUAGUCAUAUUUGGUGUGGGGGACCAUUGUUUGACUGAGAUAUUAUAUUUAUAUUGAAUAUAUAAAAAUAACUUUUGUUUUAUUUGAGAUGGAAUAAAAAAAUCAGCUACAGUUGUCGAUGGAGGCUUUAUUAUUUAGCAUUAUUAUAAUUUUGCAUUUUCCCAUCGAUUCUUUAACCUGCGUUUUUAAGUUUUCUAAUUUUCUGGUCGAUAGGCCGUGGCUGAUGGGGGCCCCAAACUGUCGGGGGCCCUUAGUUGUUGAACUACCCCUAACCCAAUGAGCGUUACGCUACUGACCUUAACUAUAGUAAACGUUCGUCGUCUUCAACUUUUACUCUGAUAAUUACGUCACUGGAUUUGACUCAUAAACUGAACUUAAUUUAAAUCACUACAUUGACACAUGCUAACACUUGCAGCUGGCUCGUGGCUGCUUUCAACUAUAGAAGUCCGUACUAGAAACGAGUGCUAAUUCUGAUAAACUUUCAUUUCUAACAUUUUAGGGUUACAUUAAUGAGUGGAACUACAUGACAGGAUUUUUAUGUUCCCUUGGUGCUGUUUGUUUUAAGGAACAUCCUCAAAUGAGGUAAAGAUUACUAAAGACUAAACUACUGCGGUCGGUUGUACGAAGUCUGCAUGGAUAGUGAUUUUUUCAACCGUUGUAAAAUGCUUGAAAAGCUAUUAAAGUGCGGACAUGGACCUGACAAUUAACUAAAAGGAAACGUCAAUUUAUAUGGAGUAAAGUUUAAAUGUGACAAUUUUAGAAAGUUUGAAAAAUUCAUUAUUCAUGCAGUGGAUACCGCAUUCCGGCCUUCGUAGUUUACAUUUCUGUAUAUUAGGCUCAUGAUUCAAAUAGAAAUUCUAUUGUGCUAACACUCAAUAUAAUUAUGUUUCUUUUAUUUGAAUAACACAAUUUGAAAUCGAAUAACACAACUUGAAAUCGAAUAACACAAUUUGAGAUCAAAUGCCAGAACUCCCUUUUCAAAUGCCAGAACUCUCUUUUCAAAUGCCAGAACUCCCUUUUCAAAUGCAAGAACUCCCUUUUCAAAUGCCAGAACUCUCUUUUCAAAUGCCAGAACUCUCUUUUCAAAUGCCAGAACUCCCUUUUCAAAUGCCAGAACUCUCUUUUCAAAUGCCAGAAAUCCAUUUUCAAAUGCCAGAACUCCCUUUUCAAAUGCCCAAACUAUCUUUUCAAAUGCCAGAUCUACCGUUUUUGAAAUGCCAGAACUCCGUUUUCAAAUGCUAAAACUCCGUUUUGAAAUGCCAGAACUCCUUUUUCAAAUGCCAAAACUCAGUUUUCAAAUACCAGAACUCCCUUUUCAAAUGCCAAACUGAGUUUUCAAAUGCAACAACUACUUUUUCAAAAGCCAGAACAAAUUGUGUUAUUCGAUUUCAAAUUAUGUUAUUCGAAUUCAAAUUGUGUUAUAAAAGAAACAUAUAUUGAUUUUAACACAAUAUAAUUUCUAUUUGAAUUAUAACCCUAUAAUAACGCUAGGUACAUCUGAAGUUUAAAUUCGUUUGACAUUUUCUGCCUAUCAAGCUUGAAGCAGACUAUUUUAAUGUUAUUUUUAGUCGUCGUAUAAGCAGAUCAAGGUCAAGCACUGGUAAACUGGCACGCUUACCGUCCUUUUCACAGCCUGAGGAAAUUGAAACGGUCAAAGGGUUAGUUUAUACGAACGAAAAAAUGACUUGAUUAAAAAUGAAAUUACUUUGUGAAUGUUCCAGGUAACGAUUGAAACCAGUUCUUACAAUAUACAAAACUUUUUUUUUAGAUUUAUUGGCGAAUUAUUAAAGCUUAGUGUAUGUCCAAACGAACAUGUUGGGCCCAAGGUUUGUUUAAAAAUUCUGAACUUUUAUAUGGCAUACUUCUGUGCGGUCUUAAGAGGUCUUUCCAGAGGUUCCUUAGUCCUUAAAAUGUUAUUUCCAGAUACGACUGAUUAUCAAAGAUCUCAUUGGCCAAGAGCUGAGUUCUGCAUUGUACAGUAUGUUGUUUAAGGAAAUUCGCCGUAAUCUAGAAGGAUUUUUCUCAUCUGGAGGUCAAGUAAGUCUAGUGAUGACCAUAUCAUGGACUCGUUCACUUUGCUCUACCACCUUGCAUUUAAAUCGAAAUUUGAUAUGCAUGCAUGCAUACAUACUAAGCUGUUUUGAACUGUUUAGGCUGUUGUUCAAGACGUGAACAGUUGUUUUGUCGAUCAGGUAAAUUUCAUAAUUUAGAUAUAUAAAAUCCCAGCAAAUUAUUUGAAAAGUAGCAAAUCAGGUUCUCCCAAAAAUAUUGUGUUAAUAGACCUUAUCCAUAAUGACGUCACAAGGCUUGAUGCCCGCAAGGAAUGCUGGUCUUAGUAGUCAUCCCCCGGGAAAAUUAAACAAUUCAAAAUGGCCACUAUCGAAAUUUUCUCUAUGGGCAAUGGCUACUAAGACCAACAUUCCUCGCGGGCAUUAAGCCUUGUGACGAUGGAUAAGGUCUAUUGUUGCUUGCCAAAACGUUUUUCUAUAUAAAAUUUCGUGUCGAUGGCAUCCUCAGGACGCUAACAUGAUGCGUAUUCAUCAAAGAAACAAAACACAGAGACACUUUACUUUAUAAUUAUAAUUUUCAAAACUUUUAAGAUAUUUUGGAUGCAGCCCAUUCAAAUGAACAAAUAAAAUUAUAACUCUAUAGACCCCUACACCCUAUGACCAAAUACAAAACAAUAUUGCUCAUUAACAUUAAAUAAUAAAUUAAACAAUUUUGAAAAGGAUUACCGUUUUCGUUUGUAUUUAACAAAAAUACCCGGUGAUUCAUGCAAUUCCUAAAUGACCACGUUGCCUCUUAAACAUGGGUGCUAAUUCUCUUUUCAGCAUUUAUUUUCUUACAAACUCAUGUUUAAUCCUAACACCGUAUUUUUUGAAGGUCAUUGCAAUCAUGAAACACAUUUUGGAAAACAAAAACGACGUUCCUGUAGAAUGUUUCAAAAUGGAAAUCAUUGAACCCAUUAUCAUCUCAAUUAUAAGGUUUGAAUUUUUUACGUAUACUGUUUGAUCCAAUAUUCUUUAUACCGGAUAGCUCUGUCAGUUUUAAACUGUUUUCCCUAGAGGUCCAGUGAGUGUUAUCCCCAGGAGAAAACCGGUAUAUAUACCUGGGGAAAACCUGUGGUGUUUGGUAGAGUCAAACUGGAAGCACUCUUCUCACAUGUGACUGAGGUGAAAUUAUAAUGAGACACCCUUCAUAUUGCAAAAAUCAAACAUAGCAAUCUCGUCCCCAGAGCCAUUUUCACUCGGUCACUCGUUGAAAUUUAGGCUCAGGGUUAGACGACUAAAGGGAGAGAUCUGAUUGGCUUCUCAGAGAACUGCUAUUUCGCAGAAGUUGAGCAAUUUUCGCUAGGAAAAAUUUUCUAUCAAAAUAUGUCAACACAAGUACUUCGUUUCUUCGUAAUACUUCUCUGUGAAAAUUGUUACGGGUGCUAAAGCGUCCCAAUUCAAGAACAUGCGCUUCCGUAUAUCCCAGGGCCUCUGAAAGUCGCGCGCGGCUCCAGGUGAAAUAGAGAAACGUCCUGUUAAAUUAUUUCAUUAAUUUUUAGAUACACUCGAAAUUUACCGUUCACGUCUCGUUCGUUAAUUAUUAAAUCAAGAAUUUGUCAAUUAGUCGUUACGGUAAGUUCAUUUCUUUCUGGUCUCAAAUUCAUAAGAAUAUGUAGCCCCAUAUAUAAUGCUUGGUCACCUUUAUUCCAUUCUAUGCUUACAUUAUCAGAACAGUCGGUGUUUUUAAUAUAUUUAGGAAGGGAAGGUAUUUUGUGUUUAUAUGCAUAAUGUUUUACUUUCAAUUUAAUGACUAGGAUUGAUUAAUUGCAUUGACCUCUGUACAUUGACUUAGAAAUGUCGAAAUUACUGUCUGUUUACUGCUGAAUGUAUAGCCUGUAUGUUUACAAUUCGUUCGUAUAUGUGAGUUAUCCCACCCAAUUCACUCACAUAUAUAAUUUAAACACUUGGUUACCUUUGUUCCAUUCUAUGCUUACAUUAUCAGAACAGUGGUAACUAGGUAUGUGAGUUAUCUGACUAAAUGUGAAUAGAAUAGCAACAGGUAUAAACAUAUGUUAGUUGAUUUGGUCUGGUAGCACCCCGGGACUGAAUGAAUUCCUUUUUUGUUUCAGCUCAUGAGCCAUCGUGAUGAAGUAUUAUUUUUUCAAGAAAUUAAAUUUCGUAAUAAAUUAGUCGAAUAUCUAUCAGAUUGGGUUGCGCACGCUUCGAAUGAGGAAAGUGAACUGCCAUAUGAAAUUACAGUCAAUUCACGGUAUGAUUCUGAUUGAUUGAUUGAUUGAUUGAUUGAUUGAUUGAUUGGAAGUGAUAUGGAGUAUUGAUUAACUGAGCGGAUAAUUGAUUAUUUAGAUAUUUAGAUGAAUGUGCUAUGAAAGCAAUUGCACAGUUGUUAUCAGUGCUGCCUUUGCAACCUGAAGCCACGGAUGUCGACAUCAUGGAGGCAAAAUCAGAAUUGUUUCUCAAGUGAGUGUUUAAGUAUAGUUACAACAUGAGCGUUGUAUCGGAUAUACAAACUCGAGCCGAAGGCGAGUGAAACUUCUUGAUGAGAACAUUCGUAUUCUUACAAAAAUUUAUAAUAAAUGAAUGAUAUUUUGUGUGAAUGAAUGAAAGUUUAUGUAAAUCACCAUGAUUUCUUUUGUGUUGUUUCACAAUUAACAUUUUGAAACAAGUUCAUGAUUUUUUUCACCAGGGGGGGGGGGGCAUUAAUGUCUAUGUGCUGAAAUAAGUACCCAAAUGUCAUUGUAUAACUCACGUUAAUUUUGAUUCACAAUAUUAUAGCGCCAUUUGGCUUAAUAAUUUAUAAUAACAUAAUAUAACAUCAAUACGUUCUCUCGGGGUUGGGUUGGGUUGGGUUGGGUUGGGUUGGGUUGGGUUGGGUUGGGUUGGGUUGGGCCCUUGCCUCCACUGCGUACGGCUCUGUGAACAAGUUGUUCACACACUUUGAGAUAUUUUAAAAUCGCAAUGAACAGACUUCUCGGGUGUGUGAUAUAUCUUCCCCUAACCAGCAUUUAAAGAGAAAUUGAAUUCAGAAAGUUCAGUUAUUUUAUUAUGGCGCUUGUUUCUUUUGUGUUUUGAAAAAAAAACCUACAAUAUCUUCUUCUUAUUUUUCAGAUAUUUUACAUUGUUUCUCAACUUGCUGAGUAGAUGUGUAGGCGAGGAGGACGGGAAUGACACCAUCGAAAAGAAACGGCAGAAGAGCGUACUAACAUAUCAUGAUAAUUUGCAUCAAUGUACAGUUGCCGCCAUGUCCAACUUGCUCAGCGCAAAUAUUGAUGCUGGACUAACUCAUGCCAUUGGUAAGCAGCUUUUAUUAUGAAGAAGGUCUAGGUGGUUUAAUAGCUCUAUCAGGUUCAAUCUGAGCUUCUCUUGAGUGUCAAUGCUGUUUUUGAAUAGCUGGAGGGUUAGUGUCGUACCUUACUGUGUGAGUGUGAGUGAGCUUUUACAAUACAGGGUCUGAAAAGUGAUACCCUCGGGGUGUGACUCCUUCAGGGUCUGAUAUCCUGUUUAUAUACAGUAUAGCGAUUUGCCGUCUAUAUAAAGACGAAUGUCCAGUAAGGUAUAUCCCCUAUUGCCCAAUUCCAAUCAUUUCUUUCCAGGACUUGGAUAUCAUGUUGACUUGGCAACCAGGGCUAUUUUCAUGGAAGUUCUAAUGAAGAUCCUUAAUCAGGGCACUGAGUUUGAUACGUUAGCAGAAACAGCGACCAGAGACCGUUAUGAACAACUAGCGAACCUGAUGGCGACAAUGGGUGAGAAAGGCGAGCUCCUAUUGGCUGUCGCGUUGGCCAAUGUUGUCCCUUCAAAUGAACAAGAUGAUCUGGCUCAAGUUUUGGUAACUUUAUUUGAUGCUGUGAGUCUCUUGUACCAGUUCUUGUGGAACAUACUCUCUCAAGAGGUAAAGUUUGGAAUACAGUAUACACAGCGGCCAUGUUGUGGAAGUACUAUUUGAAACACGAGCAGGGAUGCUUUAUCAGAUAUAAUGCACGAGGCGACAGCCGGAGUGUUUUAUAUCUGGCCGAGAAUUCUAAUAUUAUAAAAUGAGAGUGACCCAAAAAUGGUCAAAUUACUGAUCAGUCACACCGUCAGCUCGAGCAAAAAUGGUUAAAUAACCACAGAGCAAAGAGUUUUUAUUGUGUUAAAUCAUGCAUUCAAUACACUCUUUCGAUAAUUACAUCACAACUACACUGUUUUCAACUUAGGACCACCUUAAAUGGAAAGGAUUUCAAGUUGUUUUUUUCUCAUGGGCUAUGCACAGAGAAGCAAGAACAUCCUUCGUCAACACAUGCACGAAAUAAUUCUUUAUUGUCAUUUGGAAAUAAGCUUUAACACGAAAACGAGGCUCCAGGUCAUGACCUGGAGCCUCGUUUUCGUGUUAAUGCUUCCACAUUUACUGAUCAAAAUCCAAAAUUUUUUUUCAUGCACGUGUUGAAGAAGGAUGUUCUGCUUCUCUGUGCAUAGCCCAUGAGAAAAAAAACUUGAAAUCCUUUCCAUUUAAGGUGGUCCUAAGUUGAAAACAGUGUAGUUGUAAUUAUCGAAAGAGUGUAUUGUGUUUAUACGCACCAGUGAGUUUAGCAUAGUAAUAAGGUAUUCAAAUUCCAACCAAGGCUUGAUUUCAAAAGGUAUACUUUUUUCGGGACGCCCUGUAUAGUACUUUAAUUUUAAACUCUGCAUGCAUAUAUCUAAAGAGCAAAUCAUUUCCAUGUUGUAGGUGCGGAAUUGCGAAGGGUUUCACGUCUUGUUCCGUGGCAACACGUUGGCAACCAAAGUCACAACUUUCUGCUUCAAGAUCUACGGCUCGAACUACAUUCAUUAUCUGCUGGGACCUUUGAUAAAACCUUUACUGAAACAAGAAAAUCUUAAUACGACUUUUGAACUUGAUCCUAGCAGGUCAGCGUUUUAUUAUUAUGCUUUUUGCUUCAUAUAUACGGUGCCGUACUCGUCUCAACAAGCGUUUUCACCUCUGAGAUCGUGGGUUUGAUUCUCGCUACGGACUCAUGUGGAAAGAGUCAGGCAAUGCUCUGCCGAAAGUCGUGUGUUUUCUCUGGGUGCUCAGGUUUCCUCCCACAGGGAAAGUUGACAGGGUGGGUUAGGAUAAACACAGUAAAGAAAGCAAUAUCACAAUUAAGUUCUUUGUAUGUUUACAUGGCGAUAAAACAUAUAAUAAUAUUGUUUGUGGAAACACCACGUAAAUAAUUUACGUGGUGUUUCCACAAACAAUAGUAUUAUAAUAUCACAAUUGUUGUAAGAGAUAAAAUAGUCUAAGCUAAGCGUGUAAUUAGGUAAGCGAAAUACUUGAUGUAUAAAGCGCAUUUGGUCAUAUCAAUAUAAAUUCCCGCUUUAAAAAGUUUAAUAUGGUAAGGUGUUUUAUGUUUUUUUUGUUGAACUUUUUUAAUAUAUAGGUUGGAAGAGGGAGAGAAUCUGGAAGAGAAUACGCAGAAUGUGAUAAAUUUGGCGGAGAAAUUUUUAAAUCGGUUUUUUGCAUCACUUGACGAGUAAGUCUUGAAGUUAAUUUGAUUAUAGUUUGUAUUUUUGUUACAUUGUUUAUAUUUAUUUUCAUCUUUUCCGUUUCUAGUUUCCCAAGUGCAUUAAAAUUACUUUGUUACUGUUUGAAAAAGGUACAAACUCUAUAGCACUAUGUACUAUGAACUUUGUUAGCACCUAGAGAAGGUCAUAAUGAAUGAUGUUUGAAAUGAAGGCCGCCCUUCGUUUGUACAAUCUAAAUACUUCAUGUAAAAGCAUUUUCUGAGUCUUCUCUUAUUCCAGGUUGUUAGCCAAAGAUUUCGUCAACACAAAGCUGAGGCUGUUGGUAGCGCUAUAUUUCUGCGUUUCAUCAACCCUGCUAUAAGUAAGGUUUUGACUUCAUGAAAUCUGUAUGUUAUCACGAAUUACAUCUCCAGGCCAUUGUUCAUUUUUAGUGCAAAAUACGAGUUGAAAUUUCGAAUUUUUAGAUUCCCCUCAAAUGCUUGGAAUUAUCGAACAUCCUCCCCCGGAAAACAUACGACGAGGUCUGAUGUUUCUCUCCAAGGUAAAAUUAUGAAAGACAGAAUCUUUACCAUAACCAGACCGGACAGGUAAUUUUUUAACGAUAUUUCAAAUUUUUUUCUGUUUUUCAGAUUCUUCAAAGUCUGGCCAACAACGUGUUGUUUACGAAAGAAAAACAUAUGGAACCUUUGAAUGGAUUUUUAAAAGAAAACCUCACCAAAACUCAACAGUAAGUGUGUCCUUAAACAUUGGUAGUAUUCUACAAUAAGCUGUCGUGGUUUGUGUCUGAACUACCUGAAAAAGAUAUCUUAAACAUUGGUGGUCCAGUGUAGGUAGUAUUCUACAAUAAGCUGUCGUGGUUUGUGUCUGAACUACCUGAAAAAGUUAUCUCAAACGUGGUGGUCCAGUGUAGGUAGUAUUCUACAAUAAGCUGUCGUGGUUUGUAUCUGAACUACCUGAAAAAGAUAUCUCAAACGUGGUGGUCCAGUGUAGGUAUAGUAUUCUACAAUAAGCUGUCGUGGUUUGUAUCUGAACUACCUGAAAAAGAUAUUUCAAACGGGUGGUCCAGUGUAGGUAGUAUUCUACAAUAAGCUGUCGUGGUCUGUGCUUGAACUACCUGAAAAAGAUAUCUCAAACGUGAUGGUCCAGUGUAGGUAUAGUAUUCUACAAUAAGCUGUCGUGGUUUGUAUCUGAACUACCUGAAAAAGAUAUCUCAAACGUGGUGGUCCAGUGUAGGUAGUAUUCUACAAUAAGCUGCCGUGGUUUGUGUCUGAACUACCUGAAAAAGAUAUCUCAAACGUGGUGGUCCAGUGUAGGUAGUAUUCUACAAUAAGCUGUCGUGGUUUGUAUCUGAACUACCUGAAAAAGAUAUCUCAAACGUGGUGGUCCAGUGUAGGUAGUAUUCUACAAUAAGCUGUCGUGGUUUGUGUCUGAACUACCUGAAAAAGAUAUCUCAAACGUGGUGGUCCAGUGUAGGUAGUAUUCUACAAUAAGCUGUCGUGGUUUGUGUCUGAACUACCUGAAAAAGAUGUAUAAUACCUGACAACAAUUAAAACACUUUGAAGGCUGUUCAUCAGGCGAGUUAGAAACGUUUAGUACACCAAUGUUAUCAAUCUCUAGGUAUUUUGAGAAGAUCUCCUUACAUCGUCCAUCUCUCAAAGGCGAAAACCGGGAUGUGUAUUCAUUCGUGAGUGAUGCAAACAUUCUCUCCCUUCAUCGCAUGUUGUGGAACAGCCAGGAGAAGAUUGGGUUAUAUAUGGCUGCAAGGGGGUGAGAAUUGUAGAUGGAAUGGUUGAUUUGAGCUAUAGACUAAAUUUUGAUCAAGGCAAGAACAACGAAAUUCAACAUCACAGCUAGAAAGAGCGUCUUAGAAUGAGUAAAACUGCAAAGAUUGAUUGCUAAAUGUUGUAAAAUGAAGAAAAUAUAGCCCUGUGAAGUUUGCAAAUGUUGUAUAUAUUUGUAUUCCGCGCGGUAAAAAUAACCACUUUCGGCUCAAAAAUUAUUAUUUUUCCCGCGCGCAAUGCAAAUAUAUACAAAAUUUGCGAAUUUCACAGGGCUAUAUUUUCCUCAUUUUACAACAAUUCCCAACCAAACUUUGCAAUUUUACUCAUUUUAAGAUACUCUUUCCAGGUAAUGGAUUUCGUUCUUGUUGAGAUCAAUAUUUCGUCUGCAGCUGGGAUCAUCCAUGAUUGUUUCACUAAUCAGUAUCUUGCCACAGUUGCUGGUAAAACGGCAAUUAUCACUGUGAGAAAAUCAUUUGAAUAUUCUAUUUUUCCAGCGAGUUCAAGAUCUACGGUCGUGGAAUAUUUGAGAAGCUGACGACGUUGUUAGCUCGCCUUGGCCCACCAGAUCCUCAGAGACUACAAGUACAAAAAAAGUGAGUGUUGUGCUACGCACAUAAAAAUCUCACAACUUGUCAACAACAUGUGUUCGCAAUAGGGUUUGUAACAAACUUGUCAACAAGUUGUAACAACAUUGUCAUUUUUUCAAGUUAAUGCUACAAGGUUGUCACGUAUUCUGAAAUGUUCCGGUUUAUAGUUAAUAUUGUAAAUUUUAUCCCCAUUAAAUCUCGUCUCUCUUUCUCUUAUUUGACUAACUGUGCUUGGUAACAAACUGUGGAGUUUAUGGGCAGGAUUUUUCAUCUGAAGAAAUCGUGAGGAAAUGGUAUCUUGGUCACAUGCAUGCAGAGUUAAAAGACACAUGCACUGACCGCUGUGACACUACACCCGCUAAUAGUUUUAUUGAUUGAAUUAUCUUACAGGUGGUCAACUCAGGGAGCUUCUUCUGAUUUUGAAGAGUUCAUGGCGCGGCAUGCUGACUCAGGAGAUAGAGAUCUCGAGGAAAUUAGAAAUCUGAAGAUUUUUUAUCAGGUAAGAUUUUUUACCAUCCAAGUUGAAUGGUUAUGCCGAAGACAUUCAACGGCAUAACCAUCCAAGUUGAAUGGUUAUGCCGAAGACAGUCAACGGCAUAACCAUCCAAGUUGAAUGGUUAUGCUGAAGACAUUCAACGGCAUAACCAUCCAAGUUGAAUGGUUAUCCCGAAGACAGUCAACGGCAUAGCCAUCCAAGUUGAAUGGUUAUGCCGAAGACAGUCAACGGCAUAACCAUCCAAGUUGAAUGGUUAUGCUGAAGACAUUCAACGGCAUAACCAUCCAAGUUGAAUGGUUAUGCCGAAGACAGUCAACGGCAUCACCAUCCAAGUUGAAUGGUUAUGCCGAAGACAGUCAACGGCAUAACCAUCCAAGUUGAAUGGUUAUGCCGAAGACAGUCAACGGCAUAACCAUCCAAGUUGAAUGGUUAUGCCGAAGACAGUCGACGGAAUAACCAUUCAAGUUGAAUGGUUAUGCCGAAGACAGUCAACGGCAUAACCAUCCAAGUUGAAUGGUUAUGCCGAAGACAGUCAAUGGCAUAACCAUCCAAGUUGAAUGGUUAUGCCGAAGACAGUCAACUGCAUAACCAUCCAAGUUGAAUGGUUAUGCCGAAGACAGUCAAUGAUAAUACCGGUAAUAUUAAAAGUAUAUCCGGGCAACUUUUUAAUUCACGAAAUACAAAAGGUUUUUGAAUCUUUCAGAAUUCAGUGUAUAAAAUGUCGUUGGGGGGGGGGGCUAUAAUAUGCCACGGGCUCCGCGAAACGUUGAUCCAGCGCUGAUUAUUAAUGAUUAUGACAAAAAGACUAAUUAUUUCCUAUACAGCGAGAUGGCAUGCAAAAAUACUGAUAUCUUAAACUGUCUAUUUAGGAAGGUCGAUCAAAGAAUGGAAAUCCUGUAUUUUAUUUUAUUCCUCGACGAUUGAGGUUUGUUGACUUCUUAAAAACACAAUUUCACCUGCUGAGUGAUGUGAUUUUAUGUCGUCGCCACAGUAUGUAAUACACUCUUCCGGGAAUUACGUCACUUUGGCUAUAGAGCCUCGCUUUGGUGUAUGUGAUUUUAGUUAAAGCCCAACGUCACGAAAACGAGGCCACAGAAUCUUUAAAGACACACAGAAGGUCGACUCGAGUAACCGCUGCCACGCCAUGAUUCAUCAUCAAAAUGCUGACGCCAUGGUCCUAGCCAGUGCGCGUUUGAGAGGCAUUCCCCCCUAGACGUCCGCCAUUUUGAAUAUUAUCAGGGGGGUGAAUGCCUCUCAAACGCGCACUGGCUAGGACCAUGGCAUCAACAUUUUGAUGACGAAUUACGGUUUCGCCAAAAUAAUUGGAAAAUCAUAGGAAAAACCAAGAAGUCGGCCUUCUGUAUGACUUAUUCUGUGACGAGGCUCUACUGAUGUGCUUUCCCUGUUCCCAAAGCGUGUAUUAUCAUUUUGAGAGGAUCGCCACAUAACGAGCGAAGGUCAAAUUACGUCAACAACUUUUAUUCACUUCAUAUUUCGUCCAUUCUUUUCAGAGGUGAUGUAAUCAGUACUGAACGUUUAAUAUACCACGUGUUGUUGACACUCAAAUCUUCAUUUGGUCUGGCCUGGGAACUAGUUUGUGACGUCACGCAGACAGCAACUUCGAAUCAAACGAAGGUUAGUGUUUUGGUUUUGAAAAAAAUUGUCACAGAGUCAUUGAUGGUUUUAGUAAGCUUGACGGAGCAACAGAUUGAUUGAUGGAAGCACUUAUUUAAAGAUACAGCUAAAGCUGAUAAGGUCGUGCUGAGCCUGAGUAUCAGGCCCUGUUUUCCUUCCUUAAAUGCGGGUGGGUCAACUUUAAAAAUGUUGACACAGGAUCAAGAAAAUUAGGCAACAUUUCUCGAUUCAUUUUCUCACUCUGAUAACUGCAGGUGGACCUCAUUCUGCUGCACGAUAGUGUUUAGUGAAACCCAUCUAUUUAUCUACCGAAAGUUUGUUUUAAUAGCAUGUAUGACUAAAUAGGUUUUGUACAUUUAGUUGUUAAUUUUUAAUGUUUUUUGUUUAUUUUCAGUUAAUGUCGUUAACAAAAUGCAUAUCCGUUCUUCCCGUCAGUACAAUCAACAGUUUACAAGCUGUUUAUGUGUAUAAUAUGACUAGUGCUUUGAAGGAAUUCAUCAAAAUUAAUGAGAGGUUCUUUUCACAUUUUAAGGUAGGACAUUAUGGUGUAGUAAAGUCAGUUUAAAGAUGUUAUUUUGUUUGGUAGUUGUGGUGUUGAAUGCUAUCAUGCUGUAACAAUCGGAAAUCGUGUCAAAACGUUGGUUCGCCAAUUCAGUUUGUUUGGAGAUUACAUUAAUUUACUUAAACCAGAGUCGUUAAACCUGGUUGCAUGAAGACACUAGACUGGGGUGUUGAAACGUUGGCUCGUUCAGGGAUUGCAUUCAUUUAUUCAAACCAAAAUAGCGAGGCAUAUCUGCAUAUAUUAAACCAUGUUGAAUUUAGGUACCAGGAAUGUUGGGUUGUGAACGUAAUUUGUUUGAAGAUUCCUGCAUUAUCAACGGCGAACCGUGCAGAGUAGCGAAACAUGUCUGAUAAUAUACAUGAUUACAUGAAUGCCUUGUUGCCGUGAAGUCAUAAACUUUAGAAUCUUGAAAUAAUACAACUCAUGCAUGCUAAGGAUGUAAACUCAAUUUGCAAUUGUCUUAAUUCUUUUCUUUAGCAUCAUAGCGAGGUAAUUGUGAUUGACAAUAUCAGCAAAUUUAAUGACUACAUUGCACAGGAGGAAUUGAGACUGCCAAGUACAACUACAUCUUUGGAGAAAGAUUUAAACGUAGGAAAACUUUUAAUGUGUUUUUUUUUUUAAAUAUGACGAGUCGUUUGUCAUAGAGUAAACCGUCACUAGUAAAGUCGUCUGCUGUUAGACAAAGUGAAACACUAAAGUAUAGUUCAGUAAAAUGAAAAGUUUUCAACUACCUUUUAUCAUGAAUUCCAGGUUUUUAGUGCCAUCAAAGUUCAUUACAGAGUAUCAGUGUUGAUCAAGGUAUGUUGUUCAAAUAUUUCCUUUUGUUGUUCAACUAUCGUCCUAGUACAGGUCGAGUAUUAAGGGCCAUCUCAUACUGACCCAGUGUUAAUUCAAGAUGGGAGGAAACCAGAGAAGCAAGCCAAAACUUGCGCUGUUUAUGGCGAAAGUUUAAUCACGCAACUGCAUAUUGCAGGAUUCAAACGUCAGUAGUGCUAACCUCGGCGCUUUGUUUCCAUGAUAUAGUUAAAUGUUAUAUUUUCCUUAAUUUCAGAUUGGACCGAACUGCAUUCAGAUUCAGACAUCAGAAAAACAUAAAGUUUUGGGCUACAGCUUUCACAUCAAAGACAUUUUCUUUCCGAAUGAAAUUGAAGAUGUAAGAUAAGAAACAAAACUUGGCCGAAUUACGCCAAACUAACUUUACUUAUACUGGAUAACUCUAUUAGUAUACUAACCUAUUCUUCCUAGAAGGUCAGUCAGGAUCAUCUCUUAUUGAUCCAGUGUUACUACACGAGAAAACCUAAACUAAACUAACUUUAUUUAUACUGGAUAGCUCUAUCAGUUCUAAACUGUUCUUCCUAUAGAGGAUCAGUUAGGGCCAUCUCUAAUUGAUCCAGUGUUACUACAAGAGGAGUACGCGAAGAAAUUCUGCAGUAUUUGGGUCAAACUCACGAGAGGAAUGAUUAAUGCGAUAAUUGGUGUUUUUCUUUGAAGGUAUUCUCUCAAAAUCCAGAUGAUAAUUUAUUUGGCUUGAAGUUUAAAACGUCAGCGAGUGUGUUAUACAUGAGUAACGAAUCUGAUCAGAUUGUCCAGGCUGUCACCCAUUUGAAGAAACGCUGGCAGAUGUCACAACCUGUAAGCUUCAUUCAACUUUUUAGUAGAGUUUAUCUUAGCGUAAUCUAGUUAUCUGAGCACCAGUCUUGAGACGAGCGUUUUCUAUUUUCCUGAAGAACCAAACAGCUGCAAUCAAGAAAAUUCUUCCCAAAGAUGUACCUGGAACUCUGCUGAACAUGGUGAGUUUUAUAUGAGCAUGCUAAACUAGGUUAGUCCUAGUAGCUAUGGUUUACUCAUAAACUGUGUAUACUGGGAGACGGAACUCGGGAGAGUAUCAACAUUAUUUUCUUCUUCCAGGCAUUACUCAAUCUUGGCACAAGAGACCCAAGUCUUCGCUUGGCGGCGUAUAACUUGCUCUGCUCUCUCACGGCUGUUUUUCAUUUCAAAAUUGAGGAACGAUUGUUUGAAGGAACUGGUAUGGCACUUAGGUUCAGGUUUAGCCAAUCAGAUGUGUUUAAUCUAACCAUUAGCCAAUCAGAUGCGUUUAAUCUACCCCAUUAGCCAAUCAGAUGUGUUUAAUCUAACCCAUUUAGCCAAUCAGAUGCGUUUAAUCUAACCCAUUAGCCAAUCAGAUGCGUUUAAUCUAACCAUUAGUCAAUCAGAUGCGUUUUAGCCAGUGAGACUUAGCGGUAGUGAAAGUGAAAUCUGAACGUCUCUAUUGACUGUUUCUGAUACAGAAUGGUUGUAUAGUUCAUUUCUUGUUUUCCUAGGUCUGUGUAUUCCUGCAAACAACACUAUAUUCAUUGUUGGUAUAAGCAGUAGCCUCGCGAACAAGGAACCACAUCUGACCUUAGAGGUAUGCACUGGACUGCUCCAUCUCCAAGUUUUUAUCCAUGAUCAGUUUGAAAAUGUGUUUCUUCUGCUUCUAGUUUCUGCAAGAAUGUAUAACUGGUUUCAAGAAAUCAAAUCACGAAUUGAAGCAUUUAUGUCUAGAAUACAUGGCGCCUUGGUUGGCAAAUUUGUCUCGGUGAGCAUUUUAUACUUCAGUAGAACUCCUUUAACUCGCUUAACUCUAAGGGUCGUCGAAAUAUUUCGCUUCUUUUGAAUUGUGCCCAUGCGAACAAGGAAAGGAUUUUAUUACCAAUGACAAAAAUAAGAAAAGAAUACAAGAUAAAUGGCCCCCAAUGCCACAAGUUCGGUCGUUGAAGUAUUAAAGGAACACCGAAUGGUUUUCCGUGCAGGAUUGCGUGAUCCAUGCACGAGGGAUGUCGCGAGACUUUCGGAAAGCGUAAAAAUACUCGAGCCGCAGGCGAGUGUAUUUUUACGCUUUCCGAAAGUUCAGCAACAUCCCAAGUGCAUGGAUCACGCUAUCCUGCUUGGAAAACCAUUUGGUAAUUGUUUUAUAAAAUAACUACAGUGAAACAAUGACAUUUUGAGAAUCCCGCGAAGGCAUUUUAAUUCCUCGCGCAGGAUAGCCUGAUCCUGCACGGCUAUUGACCAAUCAAAUUGCGUGUUUCACUGUAGUUAUUAUAUAAUGUGUUUUUCCAUUCAAGCUACUGUAAAGAACCAACUAAAGGCACAAAACUAGCACAAGUCAACGCGAUUCUUGAAGAUUUAAUUGAGUUGACGAUCGCUGAAAAAGGGGUAAGUACAGAUUAAGUAAUAUAUAUAGGAUUACAGCAAUGUUACCGUGAAUAAUAAAGCUCAAUAAAGCAUAUAUAUAAUUAUAACAGCUAAAAACGUCUUGAUUAUAUUUUAAUCUUAUUACAAAGUAGCUAAACUGCAAGGUUCGCAAAGCAGCGACAUUUUCAUCAAUUUCAAGUCUUCUCUGCGGCGUUUGCAUCAAAAAAUUUUUCGACACUUAAUUUGAAUACAUAUCUGUGUUAUCCAGGCCAUGUAUCCUUCUAUUCAAGCAAAGAUCUGGGGGAAUAUGGGCAAGGUCACCGAGUUAGUCGAUACUGUUCUCGAUAGUUUUAUUAAAGUAAGUGGAUUAUAUUAUAUUAUUGCUUAUUCAUUAUACAAUUACUUUAUGGUUUCCGUGUUUGGAUGGCCUGAUCCAAAACACGCGUGAAUGUUGCGAGAGGAAAGCGCGGGAAACACGAGCCGAAGGCGAGUGAUUUUGCGCGCUUUUCUUAAGGUUACAGGACACCUUUUGUGGCGUUUCGCGGAGAAUCGCUACUACGCGCUUAUUAAGCGUCCGAUUUUUGUCAAAUUUUCACCAAAUGUUUGCCAGGGCAUGCAGAAUAUAAUAAAGUUGUCAAAUUGACAAACCAAUAAAAUAAUCCAAGAAUUACUCCGGAAAAUUAAAAAACUCGGUACCUUCACGUCUUUAAGUUGUUCUCCUGUCGGUUUUAAGAUAUAUUUUCGAAAAUAACAUUUUUGUAGAGCUAAAUAGUUGUUUUAAAAAAACGUGUUCGGCUUUGUUUAGCUUUUUCGCCGUUCGUUUGAUAUAUUGAUUUCUUUGAUUAUUACAAUAUAUUUCAAAUUAUGUUGACUGAAUUGCUCGUAAUUCACUAAAUAUCCAAAAUUAAAACAAAGCCGAACACCUUUUUUAUGCUGAAGUCAUCAGCUAUGCGCUGUGCAAAUUUUAGAACAAUCGGUUACAACGCACAGGAGAACAACUGGCUUGAAAAUCAGUAAUUACCGCAAAAAUAGUCCCGAGAAAAUUGAAUUUGAAUAUUACAUUUUCAAUGUUGUUUAUAUUGCAGAGAAAUGUAUUUUAUUAAAUAACUCCGCGAGUUUUCAACAUUUUUCUUUCAAACUUGGUCAGAUAUUAGAAGUGGUCUAAAGCUUUUAUGAAAGCCAAUAAAAAAAAUUUGGGCCAAUUUAACACUCAAAGGUGUCCUGUAACCUUAACUCGAGCAUCCUAUCUUGAUAAACUAUUAUUUGAUAUGAUUGAAGUGAACGAACAAACUUUAAAUGAUUGAAGUGGUUGGAACAGUUGAUUUUUUUAUUGUCUUCAUUGAUUAAUCAAUUAAUUAGUCUAUUAAUUAGUGUCAGGUAAUUGAUUAAUUAUCUAAUUAAUUUUCCAACAGGCGAGUACCGCAGGUGGACUGGGUUCAGUGAAAGCGGAAGUAAUGGCAGAUACGUCCGUUGCCUUGGCAACAGCUAACGUACAAGUUGUGUCAAGCAAGUUUAUAAAUAGACUGUUGAUGGUGAGUUAUCUUCGUAUAUUUCCCACUGCCAUUUUCCCACACGCUGAUAAUAGCAUGUUGGUGUCACAUACAUCUUUCACCUCUGUCACCAGGCUUCGAGUCCUCCUGCAAGAGUGCCUCCAGUUAGACUCUACCAAACACCGCAUACUUUUCCUACUACGCACUUCAGUUUCCUCCUGUAGUAACACUGGAGCUGAAUCUCUAGGGAGAACAGUUUAGAACUGAUAGAGCUAUCCAGUAUAAGAAAAUUGUUUAGUUUAAAUUUCCUCCUGUAGUAACACUGGAUCAAUAAGAGAUAACUCUUACUUGACCUCUAGGGAGAAUAGAAAAGAAUUGAUAGAGCUAUGCAAUAUAAAUGAUGUUUAUGUGUUGCAUAAUUUCAGUUGAUAAGAAAGACUUCUAUAACUCCAAAACCUCGACUUGAGGAACACUUGAUGUGGGAGGAUAUUGCAAUAUUGAACAGAUAUCUUUUGAUGUUGUCCUUUAACGAUUCACUUGACGGUAAGAUAGUUUUCUACAAUAAGCUGCUGUGGUUUGAUGAACCACCUGAAAAAGAUAUCUCAAACAUGGUGGUCCAGUGUAGGUCAGCUAUUAACCGUAUUUUAUGUUAUUAUGUUUGACCGUAUUUUAUGUUAUUAUGUUUAGUUGCCAACAAUCUGCCGUAUUUGUUCCACAUUAUUAUCAGUUUGGUAUGCAUGGGUCCCCUGUUCCUUAGAGCAACUAUUCAUGGGAUCUUAAUCAAUGUUAUCCAAUCUCUCUCUACAUGUACAUCACUUGAACUGCCAGGUAUGUUCUGACGUAUGCAGAUUUUUUCUACUCUAUAACACCAAGUGAGUACUGAAGAUGAUUUUUGACACGUAGUCUUGUUAACAUUAUGUAAAACUUUGCUAAGGAUUUAAAGCUGUAAACUGUCAAUAUUCCAUAUAUAUCUUAUAUACACUAGAUAGCGCAUCUCUUUUAGUAAAAUUGAAGCCAUGAAUAUUCCAGCGGUUACCCCCAUUUGAACAGAUGGCGGCCAUGUUGGAGUUUCCCACUCGCUAAUAAACGCUUAAAAAACAACAAUAACUUUCAUCAUUUGAAUAGUUUGAAAAUGUAUUUGGAAUAGGUUUAACUUAAUGUUUAAGUUCCCUGUUUAAGAAAUAGAAAUCAUACGAGUUUUCUCAUUUCAUGGGAAUAUCCUGAGUCUGCAAUCACGGCUUCAAUUUUUGAAUUGCAGAAUAAUUAGAUGCACUAUCUAGUGUAUAUAAGAUAUCUAUGCAAUAUUCACAUCGGGCUUGGCCAGCCAAGUAUCGUCCCACAAUCUGUCUGCAGUUAAGGUUGAUUUUUUGUUUUUUCUACAGAUGAAACCAAACGUCUGUUAAGAUUACGUAUGUCAGAAUUUUCGCUUCCCAAGUUUUAUCUACUUUUCGGUAAGUCAUUCUGACCUUAUCAUGUACAUGCAGAAAUUUGUUGUAUAGCAAUUUAGAAUUAUUUGAAUGAGUUUGAGAAAGUAAUGUCUAGCCAGAUCAUUGUAUUUUUGUUCAGGUAUUUCUCAAGUAAAGUCUGCUCCAGUCCGCGCGUUUCAAUCCUCAUAUCACGGCGGUAGACACAUGAUCAAUUUAAGAGACUCGGAGAAUAUACACAUGACGUCAAUACAGACGAUAGCAAACUCUCUCCUUGAAGUUGUUGAGGUAAGGAUUGGUCAGAAAAUUGUAUGUAUAGCUUAUACUGCGUGUAUCUUUCGCCUCUGUGAGCCGGUAUUCAUUUCUUACAGUAUUCAGUUGUCUGAUUAAAAUAUUGUACAUCAACCAUAUGUUAGGAAGGUACUUCCAGUUUGACUGAAAGGCUAGGCCCUUACUGCAUCUCUAGGGAGAAUAGUUUAGAACUGAUAAAACUUAACACUGGAUCAAUAAGAGAUGAUCCUUACUGGACCUCUAGGGAGAACAGUUUAGAACUGAUAGAGCUAUCCAGUAUAAAUAAAGUUAGUUAAGUUUAGGUUUCCUCCUGUGGUAACACUGGAUCAAUAAGAGAUGAUCCUUACUGGACCUCUAGGAAGAACAGUUUAGAACGGAUAGAGCUAUCCAGUAUAAAUAAAGUUAGUUUAGUCUAGGUUUCCUCCUGUAGUAACACUGGAUCAAUAAGAGAUGAUCCUUACUGGACCUCUACAGUUUAGAACUGAUAGACUAUCCAAUAUAAAUAAAGUUAGUUUAGUUUAGGUUUCCUCCUGUAGUAACACUGGAUCAAUAAGAGAUGAUCCUUACUGGACCUCUAGGAAGAACAGUUUAGAACUGAUAGACUAUCCAAUAUAAAUAAAGUUAGUUUAGUUUAGGUUUCCUCCUGUAGUAACACUGGAUCAAUAAGAGAUGAUCCUUACUGGAUCUCUAGGGAGAACAGUUUAGAAGUGAUAGAGCUAUCCAGUGUAAAUAAAGUUAGUUCAUUUUAGGUUUCCUCCUGUAGUAAUGAAGGUAGUUUAGUCUACAGAAACUGGUGAUACAAUUAACAUUUCAAUUAUAUUUCUUUUAAGGCUUGUAUGAAGGACAUUCCUGACUGUACGUGGCUGGAUACCUGGAUCAAAUUGACAAUGGAGUAUGGAUUUAUUUAUCAAAUAAUGUUCUCGUCAAAUUUUCACCUUGAGUAAGCAGCACAUUAGUUUCUGUUUAUCAACUAACGUCGUUCCUCUUCUUCAGAUUUGCAUUUCAAAACAACCCGCCACUUCAAGCGAGAGCUGUGAUAGUCUACGGCUGUGUUUGCAAGGAAAUUGAUGAUGCACAAAUAAGGCAACUUCUGCUUGUAUUUAUCAAGGUAAAGACAAACAUUUAUUGUAGUCGAUAAUGAUAUAACUGUAGGAAUAGAACUUGGGUCACAGGAUUUAAAGACACAUGUACUAACGACUGUUUAAAAAACUUUCAGGCUCUGAAUGAUUUCAGUGAUGUGAGUCUUAUCGAGGCCGUUAUCAUGUGUUUCACGAAGCUGCUCACAAUCUUAGAUAAGAACUCGAGAUUUCAUACAGCUUCAUUUUGGAUUGCCAUUGGGACUUUACAGCUUGCCGAAAGCGGACUAUAUCCGGCUGGCUUGACAUUACUCGAACAAUCUUUACUCACUCUCGAGUCGCAAGGCGUGUUUGACAAGGAGAGUGUCGAUGAAGUACUUCUGAGUUUUCGUAAAGAUCCAAGAAUGGAGUGGCAUUGUAAACAACUUGAUCAUAUCAUUGGCGUUAGCUUUGCCAACAACUUUCAUUUUGCUCUCGUUGCUUAUCUCUUGAAAGGUAAGGUGGUGGGUGUAGUGGUGAUUAAUGAGGGUGGUGGUGACUGGUGAUGGUUAUGAUGGUGGUAGUGGUGAUGAUGGUAGUGGAUGAUGGUGAUGAUAGUUGAUGAUGAUGGUGGUAAUAGUGGAUGAUGAUGAUGGAUAAUGAUGGAGGUGAUGCUGGAUAAUGAUAGAGGUAAUGGUGGACGGUGAUGAUGGUGAUGAUAGUUGAUGAUGAUGGUGGAUAAUGAUGGGGGUGAUGCUGGAUAAUGAUAGAGGUAAUGGUGGACGGUGAUGAUGGUGGUAAUGGUAGAUGAUGAUGGUGGAUAACGAUGGGGUGAUGCUGGAUAAUGAUAAAGGUAAUGGUGGAUGGUGGUGGUGGUAAUGGUGGAUGAUGAUGGUGGAUAAUGGUGGAUGAUGAUGCUGGAUAAUGAUAGAGGUAAUGGUGGAUGGUGAUGUUGGUGGUAAUGGUAGAUGAUGAUGGUGGAUAAAGAUGGGGGUGAUGCUGGAUAAUGAAAGAGGUAAUGGUCGAUGGUGAUGAUGGUGGUAAUGGUAGAUGAUUAUGGUGGAUAAUGAUGGGGUGAUGCUGGAUAAUGAUAGAGCUAAUAGUGGAUGAUGAUGAUGGUGGAUGAUGGUGGAUGAUGGUAGAUAAUGGUUAAUGAGGGUGAUGUUGGUGAUGAUAAUGAUGGUGAUAAUAAUAUUGAUGGAGAUGAUGAUGGUGAUGGUAGUGUUGCUGUGUUUGUUACUAAAGUUUGUUUUUACUGUUUAGGCCUACGUCAUGGUAGUUCAUCCACGAACACACGCGCCAUCCGCAUUCUAAACCUCAUGUUGAACAUCGCAGGAAAACACAAGUCAAAUUAUGUGUAAGAUUUAGUUUCAUUUGUAGAGGUAGAUUUCAUCAAAGCACUUUCGUGCCACAGAUUGUUGUCAACCAGAGUGAGAACGUAAAUUAGUAAUAUUCACUUUUCCGUUGUAUAUAGUAGUCUUAUAUUUGCUGGGCAAUAAUAAAUUGAAUUGAGAGUGUAGUUUAAUUUGUUUGCUCAUAUAACAGCCAACAUUUUUCCUGCCCAGUAAUAUUUACUAAAAAGCAGUUAUUUUAUUAUGAAAGAAAGGUUGGAUAUAAUUACAUAUUUUUUUCCAGAAGAGAAAAGUUUGCAGUGUAUACAGAAACAAUUCCGUAUCUCGCCGGUACAGUAAUCAAUUAUUUAUCAAUCCAUUUUAAACUUUAGGCCAAUUUCCACUCAAGAAAUAUUUCCACGAACAGAAAAUUUUCCGAAAAUAUCAUUGUUCAAAGUUGAAAAUUUUCAACUUCAAAAUUUUUUUCCGAUGGAAAAUUUGUGUCGGCCAAUCAAAAUUUUUUCGAUGCGGAAAAUUUUCUUGAGUGGCAAAUUUGGGCCUUUACACAGGAGGACAAAACCAUAUAAAAAUACAAAAUGUUUCUACUUUCUAACAACUGUCAUUUCUCAUCUAGCCUUGCUUAUUGUCUCGGAUGAGAUCCGAACUAAACUACGUCCAAACAGCUCCCUUCACGCUCGACCAAAAUCCAUCCCAGAAAGUCAAUCAUCAGUCACACCUCCCAGUUCGAUGCCUGUGAGUCCAGUUACUAUAACUAUAGAAUCACCAAUCUCCCCUGGGCCUGCGCAGAUCUCUGAAGUUGAAACGGAAGUGUUCUUGUGGCCAGCGGAAGUCGAGAACAGAUUGUUGGAUCCAGGAGUAGUGAAUGACACACAAACACAAGCUCUGUUACUUACAACAUUGGUAAGAAAAACAAGUUUGACAGUGCUGUAACUUGAGCCCUGUGUCAUUGUUUCUUUGCCUUGUUACCAGAAUUUGGCAAUACAGGAAACAUUGUUCCUUUUAGCCAUGUUUUCCAAAGGUGGACAAACCAGGAAACACUGUCUUUAUUUUUCCCUUGUAAAUUAAAAGCCACGGUUGAAAGACCCGCUUAUUCUUGUUAUUUCAGUCAACAUUAGUUCGGCACACAAAAGACGACUUACUGGAGAAAUUCUUAUUUGAAGUCUUGGCAGAAGCAAGUCUUGUUUUUCCCAAAGUUUUCCCUGUAAUGUAAGUAUAUUUAGUUUAGUUUUAUGUUACUUUGAACACUACCCAGUAAUCACAGAAAUGACAGGAUUAGUACGGGAACCAUCCAGCUAUUUUAAGUCAAUCUAUUUCGAACUGCCAAGUGUUUAUAGAUCAGUGACCUUAUCCACUCUCUUGAUAUCUCGUAGUUAUUCGUUGAUAAGCAAUAAGCUCGCCAUGGUCCUGGGUCACAGUCAGGAUGUGGGGUGUCUACAAGCAGUCCAGACAAUUAUGCAGUCCACCAUAUCACUAAACUUCGCCGAAAAGCAACUGGGAACCAAUUUCUUGCAAGGUUAGUCUCUUAAGACGCAAUUUUUUUCAUUUCUUUGUAAAUAUACUUUCAAUUAAUUGUUUUCGUUUUGCAUUCUUAUCGUUCCUGUUCUUUUUUCCAGGUUUUGGAUUUGAUGGUUUUAGUCAAUUUGCAGGACCAUUUUAUGACCAAGGGGUAAGGUUUUCAUUUCAUUUUUCUGCGGGUAUUGGUUGGACAGUGGUGCCUCCCCCUCUAUAACCGUGGUUCGAAUCCUAAAAUCCAAAAUCAUAAAAACCUCCAAAGGUUUUAUACAGUAUUUUACCUGCAGCUUGACUCUACCAAAUACAACAGGUCUUUUCCAAUAAUUCUGUUUCAUCCCGUAGUAAGAGUGGAUGUCCGGAUGGCACUUUCUAGACCUCUUGGAAGAACAGCUUAGAAUUAGUAGCACUGGACCGAUAAUGGUUUGGAAUCCUCUAGAGAACAGUUUAGAACUGACAGAGCUAUCCAGUAUAAAUAAAGUUAGUCUAGUUUAGGUUUCCUCCUGUAGUAACACUGGAUCAAUAAGAGAUGAUUCUUACUGGACCUCAAGGAAGAACAGUUUAGAACUGAUAAAGCUAUCCAGUAUAAAUAAAGUUAGUUUAGUUUAGGUUUCCUCCUGUAGUAACACUGGAUCAAUAAGAGAUGACUCUUACUAGACCUCUAGGAAGAACAGUUUAGAACUGAUAGAGCUAUCCAGUAUAAAUAAAGUUAGUUUAGUUUUGGUUUCCUCCUGUAUUAACACUGGAUCAAUAAGAGAUGAUCCUUACUGGACCUCUAGGAAGAACAGUUUAGAACUGAUAGAACUAUCCAGUAUAAAUAAAGUUAGUUUAGUUUAGGUUUCCUCCUGUAGUAACACUGGAUCAAUAAGAGAUGAUCCUUACUAGACCUCUAGGGAGAACAGUUUAGAACUGAUAGAGCUAUCCAGUAUAAAUAAAGUUAGUUUAGUUUAGGUUUCUCCUGUAGUAACACUGGAUCAAUAAGAGAUAAUCCUUACUGGACCUCUAGGGAGAAUAGUUUAGAACUGACAGAACUAUCCAGAAUAAAGAAAGUUGUGUUAGUUUGGAGCAAACACGUUUCAAUCUUUCUCGUCCCCAGGAACUACAAUACGAAACCCGGGCGCAGAUAUUUGUUCGUUUUGCGGAAGGAGUUCUGGAGUCGUGUGGCGGAAUUAUGGACGAUUCUCUGAGAGCCAGUUGUAUUUCUCUUGCAAAACCACCCCCAGAGAAAGUCGAACAUCUUCCAUUACGUCCAAAGACCUCUCUUUCGUCCUCUCUCACGUCGAUACCAGACGAACUGAGAGACAAUAACAUCUCAACGCAGACGAUGAAACGGAGUAUGUCAUCUCGAAGGAAAAGCACCAAGGAACGUAAAGAAAAGGAUAGAAGCCGGAGUAAACGCUCGUUGACACAACGUGUUGUCGACCGAGAGUUGAAAAAAGCGUUGACGCAUCGAAAUUCCGACGUAUAAGGGUUAUAGGUAGUAGUCUAAUGUGCAGCACACGGUGAUCAACUAGAACGCCUUAGCUACGCGAUAACAUACUCGCUUGUCGCAUUAUCGAAGUUAAGUCAGAGUGAUUUAAGCCCGGAUGAAACGAGGAUGAGAGUGUAUGAUGGCAGUGACGCGAUCUUGGUUAGCUGUUCUUAAUGCUUUCCCAACACUAUCAUGUAUUAUAAGUUAAAACAUAGUUGGAACAUUCAUCAAACCUUUAUUUUGUUAAUCAAAAGCUUAAAAUGACCCCUGUGGCAAUGCGUGACUGUGACAACUCUCAUCCUCGGUUUGAUCUGAGGCUUACAUUUGAUUGUUCACUAUGUGUAUUUACCACUGAUAUUUCGUGGCAAAUCACAUCUGAAGUUGACCAUGAUGUGUUGCAUUGUAUAUUAUAAAACUCUUAAAAUGGCGUACGAUACAAGCGCAUAAGCUUAUUUCAAUGGUUUAGGGAGUACAACUCAUAAUUUAAUUUUAAAUGAAAGAAUAUAUUAUAAUCCCAUACAUUAUUCGUAUACAAUGUGAACAAUAAUUUUAUCUCGAGGGAAAACAAUAUACAUUCCUAAAAUAAUAUUUCCCCAUCUCAAUGGUUAAAUUGGAUAACAGUAUUCAAUAAGUCAAUUCAAUGCAGUUUUAACAAUGAAUGUAAUUUUGUAAUAUUUUUUCAAGCUUGUAAUGCAUGCAAGGGUUUUAUUAACUAAUUUAUAUUUUCUCAGAAGAACAAAUUGUCCAAAAUACC